AUGUUCAAAACCUUUUUCGCUCUCUUAUUGACCCUUUUCACGCUGCUCAACGCCGUCUCCGCCGCACCCCACACUCACACCCACCGACACAUUGCCAAAGCUCGUCGGGCGGUCGACCUCCAACGCAGUGACAUCCAGGAAAUUCUUGAAGCCCACAACUCAGUUCGAGUUCAACACAAUGCUCGUCCCCUAGGCUGGUCCCCCUUUUUGGCCAGCAAAGCCGCAUUCUGGGCCGACAUGUGCAUCCUCCAGUAUUCCGACGGUAUCCUGCUCGACAGACCCUAUGGAGAGAGUAUUGUCGCUGCGACUGGCACGUUCACCAUCAAAGACGCGAUUGGCACUUUGGUGUCCUCGAGGAACACCUACGAUCCAAGGACCGCGUACAGCCAGUUCACCCAAAUUGUGUGGAAGUCAACAACGCAAGUCGGAUGCGCCAUUUCCCGAUGCGAAGGCAUUCUUGACCGCCCAGUUACCUUGUAUGUCUGUGUCUACGACCCUCCCGGAAACGUUGUCGGUGAACUUGCCGAAAACGUUGAAGUCUGA